AGUCGACAUGGAAACGCAUAUAAAAAUCGAAUGUAUGCUGUAAUUAAAGAAAUACAUCUAUGACGAGACAACGUGUUCAAAAAUCAAGCCAACAAAUCACGAUAAAAAGAGGAGAGAUUUUUUGGAAAAGAAAACUGUAUUCCAAUAUAUGAGAAGAUAACUACAAAGAAUAUUGGUUUUGGACAAAAUGUUUGACGAGGGUGCGUCUUGCAAAUUAUUCCUGCUGUUUGUUUUAUUCGCUUGCGAUACAUCUGCAAUUUCGCCAUCGAGUAAUUUUGUUUAUGAUGGUGACGUUCAGUAUGAAGACAGCAAUAACACUCUAUCAGAAGUCUCCAUGCCGCCCGGACAGGCAUCAACCAUCAGUUGUUGCAUUAACUGUUUAAUGAACACAAGUUGCAAGGCCGUAGAAAUAUGCUCAACUCCGUCAGAGAACAAAUGUCGACUGAGUAAGGGACUAACAAAUACCACAGGGACUGCAGCUGGUGCGACGUGCAAACGAUAUAAAAUGAAAGACAAAUGUGGAGGGGAGGGUUAUCCUGGAAGUAACGGGAAUUGUAUAUACGAUGGCUGCCAGUCCUGUGAUUGUGUUGGGGUUCUCACGCAUGCGUCAGGGGUGUACGGUAUUACGAUUGGUGGAAACAGCAAACUUGUUUACUGCUCUUUUGAAAACGGACUGUCAUGGACAGUCAUUCAAAGAAGGGAAGACGGAUCAGAGAAUUUCAACAGAACUUGGACAGACUAUGAAUUAGGAUUUGGUUCCCCGGCAUCAGAGGUCUGGCUAGGAAACAAGUACACCCAUCAACUGACCGCUGAGGGUCAUUCCGUUCUAAGGAUUGAGUUAGAGGACUUCAGUGGUAAUAACCGGUACGCCGAGUACAGCAGUUUCAGUUUGGCUGACGUCACAGACAACUACAGGAUUCAGGUCACUGGGUACACGGGGGAUGCCGGGGACAGUUUUUCAGGACCCUGUACUAAAUGCAAUAAUGGUAUGCCUUUUUCUACAUACGACCGGGAAAAUGACAACGCACCGAACAACAUGUAUUAUGGGCAUUGUGCCCAGUGGGCCAAAGGUGGGUGGUGGUUUAACGCCUGCCACAGAAGUAACCUGAACGGGUGGUAUGGAGACAGCAGCUACGCCCAAGGCAUCACGUGGGAAGCCUGGAAAGGGUUCUACGAUUCACUGAAAGCUUCAACCAUGAAAAUCAGAAAAUUGUAAAAAGAACCAUAAGAUUUUAUUGUUUUUUUUUUUUAAAGAAAAGUGAUUACACUUUUUUUUGUUGCAACAGGCACUGUAGGUUUCACAUUAAUCAUUGCAUCGUCGUCCUGGAUCUUUAUAGUAUUUCGAACAAUAUAGAUUCAAAAUGUUUAGUUGUUGUCGGGUUCUCAAAUACGCUUUGUUAGUUUAAUUCUAACCGUUUUUCCAAACUGGACUUAAAAACGUUCGAUAAAUAUACAUUUAUAUUUAAGUAGGUGGUAUUGUAAUUUUUUUUUAAACCGAAAACACUUUUUCUGCAAUGAUUGCUACCUUCAUAACCUGCAUGAAUCACCAAAGAGAGCAUUUUAUUGUUUAUAUUAACAUCUUUUUUUUAAACUAAUUAAUAAAUUCAAUAUGAAAAGUAAGUAAAAUUCACUAAAUGACUGUUUACGUACAUAAGUACGUUAGCUAAAAGAAACAGCCAAAUCGUCUCCUGUGAGACUUUGAGUCUAACAUCAUCAUGAUUAUUUCGUGCAGUCCAUGAUAUUUCGUAGGUCGCUGUAGAUUUAGACGAAUCGAUAAACAGGGCGUGUCACUUUCAGACCUGUCGAUUUCUUCUCAGUUUCAGCCGCUGUGGAUUUCGACCAAUCGAUAAACGGGACGUGUAGAUUUCAGUCUGGCUGUUUGUAUAGAGCUAUGAAUUAACUAUUAUAAGUUUUCGUAAGAAAUAGAUGGAAUAAUACUUGGUAGAUGUAAAUAUAAUCAUAUAAACGCUGUUAUGUAAACCCUUACCUGUUAACUGAAUGUUUCCAUGACCGUCUUUGGUUUUACCUUUUUUCAGCUAAGUGUCAUUUCUCAGAUUGAUUUAUCAUUCAAAGUAG